CCUGGGCACGAGCAACAUUUCGACAAGAAAAGCAACAUGGCUGCCAGUGGUGACGUGGAUGAACUCUUCGAAAUCAGGAAUUCCUUCUACAUCGGCAAUUAUCAGUUCUGUGUAAACGAAGCCCAGAAGUUACAUCCUUCCUCUCGUGAAUUGGCCAUUGAAAAGGAUGUUUACAUGUACAGGGCUUAUACAGCUCAGGGUAAGCACAGAGUUGUUUUGGAUGAGGUGUCAUCAUCAUCUCCUCCUGAAGUACAGCCUGUCAGAAUGUUAGCCGAUUAUCACCAGAAUCCUAGCAAGAGGGAUUCAAUCUUGAAGUCCAUAGAAAAGAAGUUAAACUCUAGUGAUCUCAAUGACUAUGACUUGUUAAUGGCUGCAUCUAUAUACUUCAAUGAACAGAAUUAUGAAUCUGCAUUGCGAUGUCUUCAUCAAUCAGAAUCACUGGAGUGCUCAUCACUGUCAGUGCAAAUUUACAUUAGCAUGGACAGAAUAGACUUAGCCAAGAAAGAACUAAAAAGAAUGCAGGACCAAGAUGAUGAUGCCACUCUGACACAACUCUCCCUGGCAUGGUUCAAUCUUGCUGUGGACAGUAGUAAUCCAGAGACUCUAAUUAACAUGGUAGUUUUGUCACAGCACUUGGGAAAAGCCCCCGAGGUUACAACACGAUACAUCUCUCAGCUUAAAGACAGUCACCCCAAUCACCCCUUUACCAAAGAUUUUGUAGCAAAGGAAAAAGAUUUCGAUCAGCUUGCUGGUCAAUAUGCAGUCAGUGUACAGUCGUGAAGAUUUUAGAGUGGGAAAGGAAGCUGCGGAAGGAGGCACAUUUGUAAACUAAUAGAAUUAAAAGUCUGGAGCUUAAGCAUCAGCUCUGUUAUCUAUGAACGUUAUGUGAUCUUUUUUAAUCCAAUCUUAGUUUGGUUGUUCUCAGGGGUAAAAAUUCCUACGCAUUGUGAGAUCUUUAAUUUGAACUUCUUAACGUUGAAUUUGCAAGAAAGGUCAUAAAUGUUUCUUUUCUCCCCAAAGCAGCAAAUAUGAAAUAGCAUCUACAAAUAUUUCCAUUAUUAAAAACUCGUUUUGAGUGGUUAAAGAUA